AUGGCCCCCUCUACCCCCAAGGUCGACGCCGUCGUCGAGAAGGCCAAGGCCGCUGCUGCUCCCGAGAUGAGCGCUGCCAGCCUCUACGGCAGAUUCGCUCUUGCUGGUGCCAUCUGCUGCUCCGUCACCCACGGUGCCCUCACCCCUGUCGAUGUCGUCAAGACUCGCAUUCAGCUCGACCCCGUCACCUACAACAAUGGCAUGAUCGGUGGCUUCAAGAAGGUCGUCCAGAACGAGGGUGCCGGUGCCCUCCUGACCGGUGUCGGCCCUACCUUUGCUGGUUACUUCCUCCAGGGUGCCUUCAAGUUCGGUGGUUACGAGUUCUUCAAGCAGCAGAGCAUCAACUUGCUCGGCCUUGAGACCGCCACCAACAACCGCACUGCCGUCUACCUCGCUUCCUCCGCCGCUGCCGAGUUCUUUGCCGACAUUGCCCUCUGCCCCCUCGAGGCUACCCGUAUCCGUCUCGUCUCCCAGCCCACCUAUGCCAGCGGCCUCAUCAGCGGCUUCGGCAAGAUGCUGAAGAACGAGGGUAUCGGCGCUUUCUACGCCGGCUUCGGACCCAUUCUCUUCAAGCAGAUCCCCUACACCAUGUCCAAGUUCGUCGUCUACGAGAAGGUCGCCGAGGCCGUCUACAGCGUCUACCCCAAGAAGGACAUGUCCGACUCUGCCCAGACCGCCGUCAACCUUGGCUCCGGUCUCAUUGCCGGUUUCGCCGCUGCCAUCGUCUCCCAGCCCGCCGAUACCAUGCUCUCCAAGAUCAACAAGACCCCCGGUGCUCCCGGCGAGUCCACCACCUCUCGUCUCGUCAAGAUCGCCAAGGAGCUCGGCCUCAAGGGCUCUUACACCGGUAUCGGUGCCCGUCUCUUCAUGGUCGGCACCCUUACUGCCUUCCAGUUCGCCAUCUAUGGCGAUGUCAAAAAGGCCCUCGGGGCAACCUCGGGUGUAGAGCUCGCCAAGUAA